AUGACUCAGGAAAAGAAAGGAAUGUAUGUAAUAGGCUAUGGAAGUCUAAUAUUCAAACCACCGCCUCAUGCUUCUUUUAAAAUAUCUGGUCAUUUAAUUAAUGUAAUACGAAGAUUUUGGCAAUCAAGUAUUGAUCAUAGAGGAACUCCAGAAAAUCCAGGUAGAGUAGUAACAUUAAUAACAAGAGAUCAAUUACAAGAUGAAAGAUUUUUUCAUAAUGAUUUACAUAUAUAUGAAUUUCGAAAUCAUUCCAUUGUAGAUAUUGAUUUAAAAAUAAAUGAUAUUAAACCUCAAGAUUUAAAAGUUUUUGGAUGUGCUUAUUAUAUUCCACUGGAAAAAGUUGAUGAAGUAAAUGAAUAUUUAGAUAUAAGAGAACAAAAUGGAUAUGAAUUACAAAAGAUUAAAUUUUAUGUUGAUGAAAAAGAUGAUAAUUUUUCAAACUUACUGAAAGAUGAUUUACUUGUUGAUGAGUAUGGAACAUAUAUUGAAAGUUUUAUAUAUAUUGGUGGAUUAGAAUUAGAAAGUUUUAUCGGACCAGAAGAUAUUGAAAAGACUGCUAAGAUAAUAAAAACUAAUGUAGGACCAAGUGGUAAGAAUAGUGAAUACUUAUUGAAAUUAAAUCAAGCAGUCAAAGAAUUAGGUUAUGUAGAUUAUUAUUUAGAAGAUUUGGUAAAGUUAAUACAGUAA